UUCAUAAUUUGUCACUUUAGAAUGAACAGUUGAUUCCGAUUAGAAUCUUUUUAGUCAUCAUCGUCUCAUUGAAUAUUUGAAAACUGAUAUGCAUUCUGACAAAUAUCAUGAUGCAGCCGAUUUGAAUGUCGAUCAUUACGUAUCGCUGAAAGAAACAUGCAAUAGUGUUGAAGUCGAUUUCAAACAAGAAUCAAAUAAUGAGCAACAAUUAAUGAUUCAAGAAGAACUUGAGUUGGAUUAUGAAGUUGACCAAAAUAAUUCUUUUGUUGAGGAAAAAGACGAUGAAGAAGAUAACGUCACUGUUACUAUAAACAAUAAAACUAAAGAAAAUUCCUCUGCUGUGGCAUAUGUCUUCAAUGAAGCUGAUAAUACGUAUAAUGUUACAAAUUAUGAAAUAGAAAUAAAAAACCGAAUUAUAUUAAAUCGAUUACAGGCACGUGCAGAAGAUUCAUAUCUGAAUUCUAUUUUAGGAGAAUAUCGUGAUUUAAAACAACAAUACUAUUUUUUGAAAAAUAUACCUAUUACUGAAAGAAUAAAUGUGCCGAUAUUUUAUGAUUAUCAAAGUGAACGAGUUAAACGUAUUAUAGUCGUACCACACAUUAUUCUCAAGUCAUCAAUAUUUGAAGUAAUAUAUAAUCUUAUAAAUACGUCAUGGCUUAUCAAACCUAAACCAAGAGCGUUUAAAAUUUCAUCUGAUUAUAUUAAUAAAUAUAUAGAACAAAUCAAUUCUAGUAAGCUUUUCAAAUCGUCAAUAAGUCUCCAGCUGUGUCGAGGAUAUGUUGCUCUACUGUCCACGUCAUAUUUCAAGAUCGGACGUGCUAAAUGCUUAGCAGGAUUAACCGUAGCUAUUUUUGCUAUAAAUAGCACAAAUGAUGUUGAACUCAUUGAUUUCGUAACAGCUAAUCAUGUGAAUAUUCAAAACUUUUAUCAUAAUGAAGAUCAAUUAAGAAAAAUUUUAGAUAAAUAUAAUAUUAUAAAAAUAUUUUGCUGGCUUCCUAAUUACGGAACAGUCCACAAUACAUUGUACGGCAACGUAUAUUGGUUCAACGAUAUAAUAAUAGAUAUUCAUAAUAAUCGUCGUUUAUAUAACUUAUACGAUAAAAUAAGUAUGGAGAAAAACUUCGACACGACGACUCUUUGUGUGAAUUCAAUUAAGCACAGUGAAAGAUGUAGCUAUUGCAACAUGAUGCGGUUGGCAAUAAAAAUUUUUAAUCCAGAUGAGUUGCGAAAUUCACCAAUGACGCCGAACAUGUUAAAACGAGUCUAUAGUAAAAACAAAGUUCAAGAAUAUGUAUCAUACAAUACGCAAAACAAUCUAUAUCGGUCAACGAAUGAAAAAUUCAAUAAGUAUUGCAAGCCAAUAUUGCGAACCACACCAUUGGCGGCGGCCACUCGACUUGGAGUCUUUCCUCCAUAUUCUUCUGAAAUAUGUAAACAAUACAAUAGAAAAUUAGCUGGCAUUAAAUGUUUACAUUCAGAGUGCCGGGGACGGAAUCGAUCAAAAUCAUUCAAUACAGAGGUGGCUGUAGAGGAUACAGGUCUAACACGAAGCCAUUCCUACCAGCCCUAUCUCCUUUAUAAAAAAAAAUAUCACUAUACUCAUAAGAUUCAUAACCAGUAGACAAUCGGCACGUCAAAUUAUUUUCAGCUGCCACGGUUAAUAAUUUAGGUUUUGAUUCAAUGUUAAUGUCUAGUAUACCAGUGUUAAUUAACCAUCAUGAAUAACCAUCCAUCUAAAUAUAAAAAAAAAAAUGAUCUACGUUGAAAAUCGUUAAACCAAUAUUUUUGUUUGCUGUUAAACCAAUUACCAAAAAUUGUAAAUUUACUGAUUGUUAUUAUUAAUACUUACGACUUUUCUGCGUUAUUAACAAGAAGGUCAUUAUUUCCAAUAAAUGCAUAAAAAAUUUCGUUUAACAACAUAUUUAGUAUGCAAAUAUGAGAUCAUAUACAAUUUAGUAUACUUAAUAAAUUUUAGCAUGCUGUUAUAUCAUCAUUAAUUGUAAGAUCGAGUGAGCCCGCCGAAUGCGGGCGAAACUCGAUCGUAAUUAUAUUGAUAGUUUUGUUCGAAGAGAUCACUGUGUCGUACCGUCCUUGUACGCUUAUUUAUACCACAUAGUUAAGCUGUAAAACAAAGUUAAGUCGGUAUCCAUGGCAACUGGUUUAUGUAUUCUUCAUAGAGUUCAGCAAUACUUUAAAUUAAGUAGAAGAGAUCACUGGGAGAGUGAUACACUGGGUGGGAGUGAUCUCUUCGAACGAAACCAUCAUUAUAAUUACGAUCGAGUUUCGAGGGCUCGCUCGAUCUUACAAUUAAAUUUCAAGUUUCGUUCUCGAGAUCACUGGGUAGAUGUUCAAAGCCGUAAUGAGCAUAUUUAAUAAAUUUAAUAUACCUCAGAAUGGAUAAAUAAUAUUAAUCGAGUUGAAUUCGCUCUUUUUUUUUAUUUUAAACAAGAAUUAACAAUUUGUUAUUAAACAUGAAUAUUAGUAAAUUAAUUACAACCAUAUCAACAUAUGGAUGUAUUUUAAGUAAACAAUAACAUAGUUUAAAUUAAUUAUAAUAACAUCAAGAUAAUAUUGACUCAGCAAAUGAAUUUUUAUCAUUAACAAUGGGUCUGUUAUAAAAUUUUUCAGAUACUUUUGAUUUAUUAGACCAUCCUGCCAAACUUUUCAUUAUAUUUACGUCAACUCCUUUCUUAAAGGCACUUGAAGUUGAAGCGUGUUUAAAACUAUGAGUAGUAUAGAACUCGUCAACCUGACACUCUGAUAAAAAGGAUCUAAGCCAUCUACUGAUAAUAUCCUUAGAUGUUUUUUUAUGAGGUUUCCUAGUAGUAAUAAAUAAAUACUCAGUAUUAUCAGCUAACUUUGAUGUGACAUUUAAAUAUCGUUCUAGGGUAGAUACCACGCAUAGAUUUGAAUUGUUCUUAAAUUUUUGUG